AUGGAGUAUAGCAAUACAACUGAAAUUAAUGAUUUCUUCCUUCGUGGAUUUCCAUCUUUACUUGAAAUACAAAUAAUAUUGUUUAUAUUUUUUCUGAUUGCUUACAUUCUUACAAUAUCUGAAAACACAAUUAUUAUUAUGAUGAUAAGACUACAUUCAAAGCUUCAAAAGCCUAUGUAUUUUUUCCUAAGCAAUUUGUCAUUUCUUGAGAUCUGUUAUGUGUCAGUUACUGUUCCCAAAUUAUUAUUAAAUAUUAUAACUGAAAAUAAAACGAUUUCUUUCUCUGGGUGCAUGACACAACUCUUUUUCUUUAUCUCUCUUAUGUGCACCGAGUGCGUUCUUCUUGCGGUAAUGGCUUUUGACAGAUACGUUGCUGUGUGUCAUGCAUUACACUAUGUUAGGAUAAUGAAUCAUAAUUUCUGCAUUAAAUUAGCUUUGACCUCAUGGAUAUCAGGAUUUACUAUUACUGCAAUAAAGAUAUAUUUUAUAUCUAAAUUAUCCUUUUGUGGUCCAAGCAUAAUAAAUCAUUUUUUUUGCGACAUUUCACCAGUGCUUAAUCUAGCCUGUAUAGACAUGUCAGAAGCAGAGUUGGUGGACUUUAUUCUUGCCUUGGUCAUUCUUCUCAUCCCUCUGCUAGUCACUGCUUUGUCCUACCUCUGUAUCAUUCAUGCCAUCUUAAAUAUAUCCACCACUGAUGGAAGGAAAAAGGCAUUUUCCACUUGUGCCUCUCACUUAUCUGUAGUCACCAUAUUUUUUUCAACCACACUCUUUAUGUAUGCCCGACCAAAGAAAGCCAAGUCAUCGGAUGUAAAUAAGCUUAUAUCUCUUUUGUAUGCUGUGUUCACUCCAAUUAUUAAUCCUUUUAUUUAUUGCCUCAGAAACAAAGAUAUUCGAGACACUGUAACAAAAUACCUCCGUCGAACAGAAAAAUAUCCCUAA